GAUUCGUAAGCUUACCGCGUGGUGCGCCGGUGUGCGAUCUGUCGAGAAUGGAUGAAUGGCGUAUUUACGUGUUUUAACGCGCAGCAUCGCCUAUGUUUCGCCGCUGUAUCGCUUGUCCGCGCACCACGUCCCGUUCUGAGAUUUUCCACGAGGAAGAGAGCCCUAGGCGCGACAAUCAAGCCAGGCGGACGGGCCUCGGUGGAGCUACGUUGCAGAAAUCGCAUCGUCGUUCGCAGGGACAAUGUUUACCAAGAAGAAAAAGAAACCACAGAUCUCCACACCGACCAACUUUGAGCACAGGGUGCAUACCGGAUUUGACAAACGUGAGGGCAAGUUUGUCGGACUACCACUCCAAUGGGCUUCGAUAGUUGGGAAUAAUCAGAUUCUAAAAUCAACCAACAGACCACUGCCACUGGUCGACCCUAGCGAGAUCACACCUACUGAGAUCCUCGAUUUGAAGACUAUUGUAAGAGGACACGAUCCUAGAAUAAAUAGACCACUUGUCAACGAGAAAAUUGUCGAGAAUGGUUUGCCUAAGACCAGUACAGUUGCUCGUUCCAAUUCCCUACGCUCUUCGAGUCCACCACGACUCAGGAAAGAUUACAGGCAUACAAGCAAUCUUCCACCAUCCGUCCCCGAAGGCCAGGAAGUACCUUCGAAUAUAAAUCAAGGCUUUGUAAAUUUUAGCAAGCCACCUAACUACAUUGAUAAAUUGAGACAGAAUUCUCCGAGCGUUGGAAGCGGAUUAAGUUCCAGCAUGCAGAACAUGAUACCAAACCUUCAAAAUCUUAAUCCUAAUAUGCAAUCAUCGCCAAACUUAACUCAUUCUGGAUCAAAUGUACCAAAUCUAUCGAUAAAUUUCCAAAACCUAAGUCCUAUUAUUAAUUCACAAGCUCCAGUACAAAGUCCAAAUAAUCCCCAAUUUCCAGAUCCAGAAUUUCAUAGACUAAAUUCUCAAAUGACAUCAGCUCAAUAUAAUGGCAAUGUACAGGGUUCAUCUAUAGAGGCAUCGAGAGAACAUCAAGUGAGUCAAAAUGUGUUAUUACACAAGUUACAGCCAAAAAUCUCGCCAGUAGGUUCAAUAGCCUCGCAAAGACCAUUGAGUCAAUUGAGUUCACAUAACAUUAAUAAAUAUCCUCAGGCAUAUAAUAUGCCUGAAAAUCCAUCUAACCUCCAGUCACAUUUGAAGAAACCAAUGGAAACCUCUCAAUCAAUGCAUAAUUUAUCAAAGCCAAGCAUAUCGUCUACAGUAUCAGGUAGCAGUUCUACUCCAGAUCAAAAUCAAAACAUGAAGAGUGCUGUCUCUUCAGGAAACUUGGCGGUUGGUACAAGUGCAAAUAAUGCCAACAAACAAACGGAUCAGAGACUUACACAUGAACAGUUUAGGGCUGCUUUACAGAUGGUGGUAAGCCAAGGUGAUCCAAGAGAAAACUUAGAGAAUUUCCUGAAGAUCGGCGAAGGCAGUACAGGAACCGUAUGCAUAGCUACAGAUAAGAGUACAAAUCGUCAAGUUGCAGUUAAGAAAAUGGACUUGAGGAAACAACAAAGACGCGAAUUACUUUUCAACGAGGUUGUCAUUAUGAGAGACUAUCAUCAUCCAAAUAUAGUCGAAAUGUAUGAUAGUUUCUUGGUAGACGAUGAAUUGUGGGUCGUAAUGGAGUAUCUCGAGGGAGGUGCGCUAACUGAUAUUGUAACACACUCAAGGAUGGACGAAAGUCAAAUAGCCACAGUGUGUUCUCAGUGCCUUAAACCACUGGCGUACUUACACUCGCAGGGUGUUAUACACAGGGAUAUUAAGUCGGAUUCGAUAUUACUUACGGCAGAUGGCAGAGUAAAACUGUCAGAUUUUGGUUUCUGUGCUCAAGUCUCUCAAGAAUUACCAAAGCGAAAGUCUCUUGUAGGAACCCCAUAUUGGAUGAGUCCCGAAGUCAUAUCAAGGUUGCCAUAUGGACCUGAAGUGGAUAUCUGGUCAUUAGGAAUAAUGAUCAUUGAGAUGAUUGAUGGCGAGCCACCAUUUUUCAAUGAACCACCUCUACAAGCUAUGAGACGCAUCAGGGAUAUGCCGCCACCAAAAUUAAAGAAUUUUCACAAAGUUAGUCCACGUCUUCAAGGUUUUCUUGAACGAAUGCUUGUGCGCGACCCGGCACAACGGGCCACGGCAGCUGAAUUAUUGCAACAUCCAUUCCUCAGGCAAGCUCAAAGCCCUAGUAUUUUGAUUCCAUUAAUGAGAGGUGCCAGGCAUACAAAUUGUUGAGUUACAAUACUUUUGUAAGUUAGAAUGUUAGUCAAGGUGGAUUUUGAUUACAAGAGUAAUCAUAUCCUUAACGAGAUAUUAUCGUUAUCCUAUUGCAGCUUGUGUUAAAGUUGCAGCUUUUAGCAGUCUAUGAGUUAGUUCAGAAGUUUUGACUUCUAAACUCUUAUAUGCAGGACUUCAAGGUCUUUUUCUUCUUUUUUUCUUUUUUAUGAUAGGCACGAUCGAUUUAGAGAAUAUAAUAUUUAU